ACACUUCCUUGUGAAUGGACCGGUUUGGGACGGUCCGGUGCGGCGGCGCAGCGUGGAUCCGUGUUGUGUCUUCACACACAUGUUGGUGUGCAUGGCUGCACAGGGCACGCGAGCAAACCCUUUGAUGCAACAUUUUAGUCCGCUGGCUAUGCAACGGCUCGUGCGUUGAUAGAGAAGAGAACAGGCAUCGUUGUUGCACUUCAGACAGAAUGAAGACGAAAGAGGUGAAGAUUAUCAACCAGGGUCUGGAGGAUGAGAUGGAGGUGUGGGGCUACCAGCCCUGCCUGUGGAAGAUGAUCCUGGUGGGUGUGGGUGCUGUGUGCUCCGGGGGUCUCCUGCUGCUGUUGCUCUACUGGCUGCCUGAGUGGGGCGUUAAGGUCACCUGCACAUGCACUUCGCUGAGGGAUGCACACACACUGCUGCUCAAGACCACGGAUGAGUUCAGGCAGUGGUUUCGAGCCAAAGUACACGUGAUGUCGGCUCCAGGGAAGAACCCUUUAGACAGCCUGGAACUGCAGUCCACGGCUCAGCUGACCAAUGGAGACGGAGACCACGGAAUCAGUGCUGUGCACCAGGAGCUUCAUGGGAAAUGUGCCCAUAGGCAGCCUGUUCAGAUCCACUACUUUACCCACCACAGCACUAAAUACUACUGGAAUGAUGUGAUGCAGAACUUUGAAUUGCACAAAGGCUUGGAGGAUGUGAAGAUGAGCUGUGCAAGCAUCCACUCCGCCCACAGUUCUGGGCUUUCUAAAACCCUGCAGGACUACAGGAGGUUGUUUUUCGGGGAGAAUGAGAUUGCUGUAAGGGUGCCGUCUAUAUUCAAGCUUCUCAUAAAGGAAGUGUUGAAUCCUUUCUACAUCUUCCAGCUCUUCAGUGUUGUUCUGUGGAGUGCUGAGGACUACUACUAUUAUGCUACCGCCAUAGUUUUCAUGUCUGUGAUUUCAAUAGCUACCUCACUGUAUUCCAUUAAAAAGCAAUAUGUGAUGCUGCAUGACAUGGUGGCAGCACACAGCGUGGUCCGUGUCUCAGUGUUCAGAGGAAAUAAAGAUAUUGAACAGGCCAUGUCAACAGAUCUCGUGCCCGGUGAUGUCAUCAUUAUUCCAGCGAAUGGGAUGAUCAUGCCCUGCGACGCUGUGCUUAUCUGUGGGACCUGCAUCAUAAAUGAGAGCAUGCUGACAGGAGAGAGCGUGCCAGUUACCAAGACAAGUCUGCCUAGUUUAGGCGAGGAGGCGGCCGUGAGCUACAACGUGGAGGAGCACAAGAGACACACCCUGUUCUGUGGUACCCACGUUAUCCAGACCCGCUUCUACGCUGGAGAACUGGUGAAGGCCGUUGUGGUCAGAACAGGCUUCAGCACAGAGAAAGGCCAACUGGUGCGCUCCAUCCUCCACCCUAAACCCACAGACUUCAAGCUGUACCGCGAUGCUUACCUGUUCCUGUUGUGUCUGGUGGGGGUGGCGGGGGUCGGCUUCAUCUACACCGUCGUCCUCAGUAUCAUGAACAAGGUUCCAGUUAAAACGAUCAUCAUUGAAUCUCUGGACAUCAUCACCAUCACCGUGCCCCCGGCCUUACCGGCAGCCAUGACAGCAGGCAUCGUGUACGCCCAGCGCCGUCUGAAGCGCGUAGGCAUCUUUUGCAUCAGUCCUCAAAGGAUCAACAUGUGCGGUCAACUCAACCUGGUUUGCUUUGACAAGACUGGUACUCUGACCGAAGAUGGUUUGGACCUGUGGGGUGUUCAGACAGCUGAAGAUGGCAGCUUUUCUCCCCCAGAGGCUGAUGCAGCUAAAGGAAGUCUGGUUAACAGUGCAUUUGUGGCCUGCAUGGCUACCUGCCACUCACUGACCAAGAUAGAGGGCGAGCUCUCCGGAGACCCUUUAGACCUCAAGAUGUUCAACGCUACAGGCUGGAUCCUAGAGGAGCCCACAGAGGAAGAGACUGCACUCCACAAUCCCAUAAUGCCCACUGUUGUGCGACCUCCAAAGCAUUCCAUCCCUGAAGCCAGUCAGAAAAAUCCACUAACGCAGAACAUGGAGCUGUCUGAAUUAUCACCAUUUGAGAUUGGUAUUGUGCGUCAGUUCCCCUUCUCCUCCACGCUGCAGAGGAUGAGUGUGGUGGUCAGGAGGCUGGGGGAGAAACACAUGAACGCUUUCUUGAAGGGAGCGCCGGAGGUGGUGGCCAGCCUCUGCAAACAGCACACAGUUCCACAGAGCUUCCCAGAGACUCUGGAGAGCUACACCAGGCAGGGCUUCAGGGUUAUUGCCCUGGCACAUCGACAGCUGGAGGCCAAACUCUCUUGGCACAAAGUCCAGAGCCUCAGCAGGGACCUGAUAGAAACCAACAUGGAGUUCCUUGGUUUGAUCAUCAUGCAGAACAAAAUAAAAGAGGAAACUGCCGGGGUUUUACGUGAAUUACGUCAAGCUAACAUCCGCACUUUGAUGGUUACGGGUGACAACAUGUUGACGGCGAUAUCAGUGGCUCGAGAAUGUGGGAUGGUCCGUGCGAAUGAGAGGGUCAUAAUUGCAGAGGCUGCGCCUCCUAAAGACUUCCACCUUGCGAGCAUCACGUGGCAUUACACUGAAAACCCCGCUCCCACCACCAAGGACAAUCAGACUGUGGAAAUAAACCUGCGGGACGAGGAAUAUGACAAGAAAGUUCCUCAGCAGGAACAACGCUAUCACUUCGCUGUGACCGGCAGAACCUUUGCUGUUAUCACUGAGCACUUCCCUCAACUCGUCCAAAAGCUGGUGUUGAGAGCCACUGUGUUUGCCCGCAUGGCUCCAGACCAGAAGACUCAGCUGGUGGAAGUCCUGCAGAGCAUCGACUACACUGUUGGGAUGUGUGGGGAUGGUGCUAAUGACUGUGGAGCUUUAAAGCGAGCUCACAGCGGGAUCUCUCUGUCUGAGCUGGAGGCUUCUGUUGCUUCACCCUUCACCUCCUCCACCCCCAACAUCUCCUGUGUCCCCAACCUCAUCAGGGAGGGCCGAGCUGCCCUCAUCACAUCGUUCUGCGUGUUCAAGUUCAUGGCUCUGUACAGCAUCAUCCAGUACCUCAGCGUCACCCUGCUGUACUCGAUUCUGAGCAACUUGGGAGACUUCCAGUUCCUCUUCAUUGACAUUGCCAUCAUUCUCAUCAUUGCCUUCACAAUGAGUCUGAGCCCGGCGUGGAAGGAGCUGGUGUGGCAGCGCCCCCCGUCCAGUCUGAUCUCCGGCCCGCUCCUCUUCUCCGUCCUGACCCAGAUCCUCACCAGCCUGGUCUUCCAGGUCCUGGCUUUCCUCUUAGUACGACAGCAGAGCUGGUACGAGACAUGGACGCCUCAGUCAGAUGCCUGUAAUGUUUCCAGAUCCAGUCCCUCUCACAGCCUGAAUGUAACAAGCCCUCAUGACCACAAAAACAUCAGGAACUACGAGAACACCACCCUCUUCUACGUCUCCUCCUUCCAGUAUCUGGCUGUGGCCAUCAUUUUCUCCAAGGGAAAGCCCUUCAGACAGCCAAGCUACAAGAACUGGCCGUUCAUGCUGUCCUGCAUCGGUCUGUAUACGUUUCUCCUCCUCAUCAUGCUGUAUCCUGUUCCGGCCAUCGACAGCUUCCUGGAGAUCGUGUGUGUUCCCCCUGACUGGCGCGUUACACUGGCCAUCAUUGUCAUAGUGAAUGCGGCUGUGUCUUUCAUGCUGGAGAUUUUGAUCCUUGACAUCAUCUUGCGGAGGCUAGAUUUCAGAUGCAAUCAGGGGCUAAAUCGCCCUACAGAGCCCCCCUCUGCUGACACACUUCAGGAGGCCAAUGACCACUGGGGCUCGUCCUUCCUCUCCUGGUUGUUGUGUCGGAGAAGCAAGCCCCCGAGGGUGCGCUACAUGUACCUGGCCCUGGAGCUGCAGGACGACGUCGACUGGCCCCCAAGACCCUCCACUGUAACCUACGCCAGCGAUUCACAAUCCCACACCUCUGCCCCCCUCUGACCCCUCAGUAAGCAAACUGCUGCACAGACUACACCUAAAACCUUAGCUUGAGUUGAGCUCAGAGAUAUGGCAGAUGCUCACAGAUGUGUUUGGGACGUGGAGCCUGCUGGAUGCCAGCGGCCAAUCUGGGAGCCUCAUAAAAGGCGAGGCCUCCUACUGCAAGGACUGACUGGGAGCUGCUCAUACAUAAAGUUCUCUUUCAUUUUGGUUAACCUCAUCCGAAUAGACAGAAACUUUGCACUUGUCAGACUGCUGAAACCUGAGCCAGAGGCCUCUGUUAAAGGAAUAGUUCAACAUUUUGAGAAAUACGAUCUGACUUUUGGCUCUCUUGCUGAGAGUUACAUGAGAAGAUUGAUACCACUCUCAUAUCUAUGCAGUACAUAUGAGCAGUUAGCUUAGCUCCACACAAAGACUGGAAACAGGAAUACAGCUAGCCUGGCUCUGGUCCAAAGCUAAAAAAAUGUCUAAAGCUCACUAAUUAACACAUUUUUAUCUAAUUUGUUUUUUUUCCAUACUGACAAAUUACACGUUUUGGUUUUAAGAAUGGCUAAAGGUUCCAUAAUGUAUAAAGUGAGAUUUACUCAGACACUGAGCCUUUAAAGGUCCAAUGUGUAGGAAUUUCUCCCAUCUAGCGUUGAGAUCGUAUAUUGGAAUCAACUCUCUUUUACAGCUACGGUAGCCUUCACGCUUCAAAAAGACGGUCUUUUUUUCAAUUUCCUUUUUUUUUUUUCUUGGUAAAGAAGAGGGCUCCGGUUACUGAAACUUGGAUUUUAAAUAUGUGCAUGAGACAGAGUGUCAAUUGGGAGAGUCGGGAAUUUUCCUGGUGGGCCGGUGGGGUUUCGAGGCCGCUCCGGCCCCUGCCCGCUCCAGCCGCCGCUGUAGAUUUUCUUUGUCCCACUCCGCGGCAAAAUGUAUUAAGAUAACGUGUGGUCCUCCAUGUUUCCUUCUUCAAUGAAGCAACGAAACCAAUUAGCAGCACUAGCUGCACCUAAGAAAACACAAAAGGCGGAGCAGUAUGUCCUGUAUGUCCCUUACCGGCUAACGUAUUUUGAGAUGGUGCAUGACUACGUCAUGCACUGCCUUGUAAUGCCGCACAGCGUCCUGCUAUGCCAUGAACUACUACAAAGAACUGCUACAAACUACUAAUUUUUUCUAUUUUUGUUAUUGCCACUCUUCAUUCUAACCCCAACCGGCCCGUCAGACGCCGCCUACCAAGAGCCUGGGUCUGACCGAGGUUUCUGCCUAAAAGGAAGUUUUUCCUCGCCACUGUCGCACUGUUGCUUGCUCUGGAGGAAACUACUAGAACUGUUGGGUCCUUGUAAAUUCUGGAGUGUGGUCUAUCUGUAUAGUGUCUUGAGAUAACUCUUGUUAUGAAUUGAUACUAUAAAUAAAAUUGAAUUGAAUUGAAUUGACUAUGGAGAGCCUAUCCCAGUUUAUGCAAGCGUAAAUAUAAAAUUUCAAGCCAUUGGCAAUUGGCUUUUUAACUCAUUAAAAAGGAGACGUUUGUGAAGGGCAAUACAGAUUUAGAUAAUGAACAACUACAAAAGUCACACACGAUACUGCCUAAAACACUGUUAUCGUUAAAGGGAAGUUCUGGAGUUUAUGCACCGAUCCGAUAUCACUCAAUAAAGAAAAAGAACGAAAAUCUACGUUAAAGUAGUUUAUCUAUGUUCUUUUUCGGUUAUAACUGACUGGAUUUAAAAAGAAAGUUCUGUGGCAUUCAUUGUUUGUGUAAAUUUAUGUUUCACAAAAAGUUUAACCUGAGCCAGACUGACAACAGUGAUAGAAAUCAUAUCCCAUCCAUACAGGGAUAGUAGUAUACAGUUGUUAAAACAUAAGAUAUAUGGCACCCUGGUAUUGGAUCAGUACUUGCUUAUGGCCGAUACGCAAGUUCAAGUAUCAGAAUUGGUAUCGGCAAGCAAAAAAUGGUAUCGGACCAUCUCUGGUAUGAACCCAAAACCCAAAUAUGAACCUAAAAGUGAGCAUGAUAUGGGACCUUUAAGUCUCUGCUGGUUACUAGGCAGGCUAGCUAUUUCCUCUGUUUCCAGUCUUUGUGCUGAGCUAAGCUAACCAGCUGCUGUCUGUAGCUUUAUAUUUACUGUGCAAACAUAAGAGUGGUAUUAAAUCUUCUCAGCAAGAAAACAAUUUAGUACAUUUUCCAAGAUGUCAAACUUUUCCUUUAAGAUGACAACAGGAUGUCUUACUAACUACAUUGAACUUUACUGCUAAGGACGUAAAACCACAACACUGGACAUUGAGAAUGGUGUAUAAGUGUCAGUUGAGUCUUUUCAUUGUUUUGAAUCGUUUUUUCGUUAUCUGACCCAAUAUUUGAAAUAUCUGAAACAUUGUGCGGAUUCAGCUGCUGUAUGCUCAGUCAGGUCCAUUUAAGGCCUAAAAGCACUGGAUGGAACUUUUCUCUUCACUGUGAAUAAAACUUAGUGUUUCUCUAAGAUCAUUAGCUGCUGCAAAAAAUAAAUCAAUAAAAACAUUGUUAAAAAAACAACAAAUCUAAACAUUGUGAAACAGUAUUAGCUCAUAUUGAUUCACUUUUAUGUGUCGAAACAAAUGUAACGAACCCAGCUGGUACCGUUGGAUUUCUGGGACAGAAAACAUUCCACUGCUGCGUUUCUGUUUCAGAGUUGCUUCAGUUGAAAUUCUUCCUGUGGAAGAGAAGCAGAAGGUCCUGUGUCACAUCAAAUGCCAUCUGUUUUUAUUGAAAUUUGAAUGCAAAGUUGUCAAACUAAUAAAGUUUGUGUGUGUGUGUGUGUGUGUGUGUGUGUGUGUGUGUGUGUGUGUGUGUGUGUGUGUGUGUGUGUGUGUGUGUGUGUGUGUGUGUGUGUGUGGUGUGUGUGUGUGUGUGUGUGUGUGUGUGUGCGUGUGUGUGUGUGUGUGUGUGUGUGAGAGAGAAUAUGUUAGUUAACUAAAGAAUUAAAACCAUUUCUGUGUCCUUUGAUUGCAUUAUAAAAUCUUUGUUUUUUCCCCCCCAAAAAAUAUGACUUUCUUUUUUGAAUUAAGUGUUUGCAAGGGGAUAGAAUGACAUCGUUUAACAAUACUAAGGUACCGCACUUGACUGAUAGUGGUUUAAUUAAUUAAAGCAAUUGAAUAAAUUGAGACAAAUCAAUACGACACUUGCUGCUGUGAACAUGUUAUAACCGUUGAUUUUAACGUGUGAUUUUUAUAUAAUAUUUUAUGUAACUGUUGCUGUAUACAUAUUUUUCUAGUGACGGCUAAAAAAUGAAAUAAAGGUAGAAAAAGGUAUGGGAAUUAGUCACCUGAACGUCUCCUUUAUUAUCAUAAGAAAA